AUGGAUUUGAUGAACAAGUCAGGGAACUCAGGGAGAGGGCAAAGGAGCUUCCAGAUGAUUACUUAUCCUGACAUAGCCUCUAGCAUAAUCCUUCUCCUUCAAGCUGGAGCUCGGGACAUGGUUUCAUCUCAAGCUGCGUUUGUGAGAUUGAAUGAGAGGUUUGAAAAUGCAGUGGACAUACAUAGUGGGAUGGAAGUUCGUCUUGGAAUGUCUAAAGAACCAGCCUGCAAAAGCUUCAUAUGGUCUGAUGAGCAUUUCAGCAAUGUCUCUAGUUAUUUAUACUCAACAGGAUUUGGUCAAGACGUAGGAGUGAUUUCUACUUUGAUGAAUUUGAUAUGCUAA